CUCAGUGGUGUGUUGUGGCCGUGGAGGUGUUGAGCCGGGCCUGGACAGAGCCAAUACAGCAUGUCAAAGAAAAGACGCAACGGAUCCCGUGGCCAUCAGGCUCACGGUCAGCAGAAACGCAGACCUCCAGCUGCCAAGACUCUAAGGGUACCAGCAAUCUUUGCUAAAGAUAGAGGCACUGAUACUGAGGUCACCCAUGAUAAGGUGACUUUAGCCCAGGCCCGGCGUGGUACUCCUGCUCACCGGCCUGUAAGGGUCUAUGCUGAUGGAAUUUUUGAUCUCUUCCACUCUGGCCAUGCCCGUGCUCUUAUGCAGGCAAAGAAUCUGUUCCCCAACACGUGCUUGAUCGUUGGAGUUUGCAGUGACCAGCUGACACAUAAGUACAAAGGCUACACGGUAAUGAACGAAGACGAGCGUUACGAAGCUCUCAUACACUGCCGUUAUGUAGACGAGGUGGUCCGUGAUGCCCCGUGGACCAUCACGCCCGAGUUCCUGAAGAAACACAAGAUUGACUUUGUAGCCCAUGAUGAUAUCCCAUACACCUCUGCAGGAUCGGAAGAUGUGUAUAAACAUAUCAAAGCAGCAGGAAUGUUUGUAGCCACACAAAGGACAGAGGGUAUUUCUACCUCAGACCUCAUCACACGCAUCGUCCGCGACUACGACCUUUACGUGCGAAGAAACCUGCAAAGAGGCUACACAGCCCGGGAACUGAACGUCGGGUUUCUCAAUGAGAACAAGUAUCGUCUGCAGAACCAGGUGGAUAAAAUGAAAGAGAAGGUGAGAACCGUGGAAGAGAAGUCUAAACACUUAGUGCACCGUGUGGAAGAGAAAAGCCAUGACCUCAUACUGAAAUGGGAAGAAAAAUCCCGUGAGUUUAUUGGAAACUUUCUGGAGCUCUUUGGCCCCGAUGGACCAUGGCAUAUGAUCCAGGAGCGGAGUGGCCGUGUGCUGCAGGCUCUGUCCCCGUACCAGUCGCCCCGCACCUCCCCGAGCAGCAGCCCCACAAGAGGACGCUCUCCCUCACCUCCGGCUCUCUGAACCCUACCACACCCCUGCACCGUUUCCUUCCUAAAGCUUUCACAGGCUGAGCCAGCAGCAUACAGGAAAAUUUCAAUCCACCAUCAUACACGACAUCUAAAAUCCAACACUCACAUUCCUCCCAAACCUGUCAAAGCCUGUCUGCUGCAUUCCAAAGUUUCAUUCCCAGUUUGGUUACAAACUGCACUGCUGUAUUUGCAAUAUUCGUCAUAUUAAAAUGAUACCCAUUAUAUUUUUCAUAAAUUAAUCUAUAUCAAAGACAUACAGAAAUAAUGGAUUAAGCUGUAUUUUAAUGGUUUUCCUGACUUUCCCAGAGACACCAUAAAGCUUAUAUGAACGAUCCCCAGCCCUUAUAUUUUAUUUACCGAUUAUUUAUUAUACAAAAACGGGAUAACCUAUGCCUAUUCUUACACGAUAUUUAGCUGUAAUAAAAAGUCAGUGUCUUUCAAAAAGCAAUAAAUCAAAAAUUGGAGUCAAACUGCCCACAGCAAUACAUAUCAAUGUAUUAAAUGUAUUUCUCCACCAUUACACACGAUACUGUAUUGUACCGAUUCCUAUGUGAUCCACAUGUAUAAUAAAAGUUAUGUGCAUGUGCA